AUGGCUGCAAAGCUUCGACGUCGGACGGUAUCCAAGCUAUUCUGGGCCUGCAGUUUGCUGACAGUGAUUUAUCUCGUUUUACGUCUUCGUGAUACUACAGCAUGGGCCGUGAAUGGGGUCGUUUUACCCCCUAUUUGGAAGCCGACCUGGACCCUCAAGGAUUCUAUCGGUUCGGCAACGUCUUCCGGGUCAUCGGCCGAGCCAGCUAUACCCGACGGCAUACCAAAAAAGCUGUGGUAUAAAGUCGGACGUGCGGGGGUGAGGAAGAAUAUCAAGCCAUACAUAAAAUCUUGCCUCAAGAAUCCAGGCUACGAUGUUGAGUUCCUGACCGACGUCUCGGGCGACGAGUUUGUCAAGAAGCACUACUCGUGGAAUCCAAAUAUAAUCAACAGGUUCCUCCCCAUCAGCAUUCCAAUCAUCAAGGCCGACCUCCUCCGCUACCUCAUCCUCUACGAAAAGGGUGGAAUCUGGAACGAUCUGGACGUGUCUUGCGAAGCACCCAUCGACGAAUGGAUCCCCGAGCAGUACAAAUCUACCGCUGCUACCGUCGUCGGGAUGGAGUUCGACACGGACAGGUGGUUGCGACAGAUCGCCAGCUGGACCAUCAUGGCCAAGCCCAAACAGCCGCAUUUCUUAAUGGCGGUCGAAGACUGCUUGGAGGAAGUGGCGGCCACUGCCAAAAGGCUUGGAACCCCAAUAUCGGAGCUGAAGCGCAACCAGCUCGACGAUGUUAUCGACUUGUCGGGCCCGAGACGGUUGACGAGGUCGAUUUUCAAGAGCCUCAGCAAAUCACUCAACCGAGAGGUGGGGAAUAAUGACAUAGUCAAUGUUACGGAACCGAGGCUUCUGGGCAAUGUUUUAAUACUGCCGGACCACUCGUUCGCAGAUUCCAUGAACAUGUGGUGGGGGGACAAGGUGCCAGGGCGGAAGCUCGUAGUGCACCAUUACGCAGGGUCCUGGAAAAAUGAAAAGGGGGGCGAGUAG